UCUUUAGUAUUAAUUAUGACGGACAUACAGGUUAGCUAGCAAUAGCUCUAACCUCCAUCUGUGUUUGUGGUUGAAGCGGUGGUUGGUAGUGAUGAAGCCGUUAUAGGUGUUUGUGGAAACUGAGAAAUGAUCUUCUCGACCACCUGAACUAAGAAGAAACAUUGACUGCAGAUGGAGAAUGGAGACCUGGGUCACAUGAUGGGGGAGCCAGUUACUCUGAAUGUGGGCGGCUGUGUGUAUAGCACAUCCCUGUCUACGCUACAGCGCUACCCAGACUCUAUGCUGGGAGCCAUGUUCAGAGGUGACCUCCCCACUGUCAGGGAUGCGCACGGGAACUACUUCAUUGACCGUGACGGCCCACUGUUUCGCUACAUCCUCAACUUCCUGCGGACGUCAGAGCUCACAUUGCCAUGUGACUUCAAGGAGACGGAGCUGCUAAGAAAGGAGGCUGACUUCUAUCAGAUUGAGCCCCUUAUCCAGUGCCUGGGAGACCCCAAGCCGCAUCUGCCCUACCCCACAGACAGCUACGAAGAGGUGGUUGAGUUGUCCAGCACCAGAAAGCUCUCCAAGUACUCCAAUCCUGUUGCAGUCAUCAUCACCCAGCUCACCAUCACCACCAAGAUCCAUGCAAUGCUGGAGUCAAUCUCCUGCAGUUUCACAAAAUGGAACAAACACAUGAUGGACACCAGAGAUUACCAGGUGUCCUUCACCUUCGGGCCAUGUGACCACCAACAGGAGGUCAGCCUGCGUGUCCACCUCCUCGACUUCAUCUCCAAAUCUGGGUUUACGAUACGCAACACACGUGUUCAUCACAUGAGCGAACGGGCUAAUGAGAACACAGUGGAACAUCACUGGACAUUCUGCCGCCGAGCUCGCAAAGUCGAUGAGUGAUGGAUGAAACAAAGGAUUGAUUUACAUUACAGAUAUUUAAUGUGCCAUCAGGCACUGACAGAAACUUCUUUGUGUUUGUUGUUUUGUGAAAACAUUGUAUGUUUUGUGUUUUUGAGUUAAUCCACUCAAAGUUAAAGUACAAAGUGAGGCCACUGACAUCAUGAGAACUUCAACAAAUACUACUACUGCUUUAAAACAAACACCCAAUGGACAAACGUUUACAGACAGACUUCAAGCAUGUGGAAUCUGUCUGUGUUUGACCCUCAAGCACCUUUUGAGAUGAGCUGGAUCUAUGAAUGUCUGCUUAUCACGUCACUUCCUCAGUGUUGGACUUCACUAAUCUGGAGUAAACCAACAGAUUGAAAAUGAUUAUAGUUGAUUGAUUUUAAUAUUCAUGGUUUUAAAUGCAGGUGUUCAGUUAUCAAAUACCUUGAAUGCUUCAUCAUACCUUUCAGUACAUUGUGAGUGUUGGAUACAGUUUUGGCACGUCAGUGGGGUCGAAAAUUGGUUGUCUGCCAGUCAUUGUUCACUACAAAUAAAAAAAUUUUUUUAAAAAAA